GUCCUUUUGCCCAUCAUAACAUCUUCAGAGCAGCAUUACUCCAAUGAGACCCUUAGUCGUCAACCCGCUCGUACUGACGCUGAUUGGAAUAGUGCGUCCAUUCCAGUCGUUGAUUCUGCUCCUCUCCAAGCCCCUUUUCCAAUGCCCCUUCUUCCACCUUCUCCAGUGCCCAUUGCUCCACAGGUGCCAAUUCUGCCUCUUCCGCCUCUUCCACCGGUGUCUCUCGCACCUCCUUUUCCAAUACCCCUCCCUCCUUUACCUGUACCUCCAUUCCAACCAACUCCCUCACCGUCUUUGCCGCCAAUCUGCACAAUGCCACUUGUACAAGGACCGUGCGAGGAGCGUCAUAUCAAAUCCGUAAAUGCAGCUCUUUUAUCUACAGUGGUUGCCAGGGCAAUGCCAACAACUUCGCAACACUUGAGGAAUAAAAAACGAAGUGCUGCGGGUGCAUCGGCCAAAGUGAAGAAAAGAAGACGAUUCUUAUUUGGCCGAAAACGGAAAUCGAGCAGCACCCCAUCAUUAUACUCGCAG